UUAUAUUAGUGCAGAACACUGUACCUUUAAUUUAAAUGCCCUUGGAGUCUGCUGGGGAAGAGAAAUAAUACUGUCAGUCAGUAUGACAUGCAGAUGAGUGCCGUCGAUCUUAGAAUCACCGCACACUUCACUCAUUUGGGCAGUCACGGGGCCAAAACCAGAGUGUGGAGCCACAGUGUGGCGGUGGAGGCAGCAGCAAUGGGAGGCCAUACAGCACCCUAUGACAAAAUGGAACCCACCAGCAGUGUGGGCAGAGCGGUACAGGGGUCCAUGGCAGAGUGGCGAAGCGUAAGCAGCUUAAAUUGAAGGCCAUACAGAGGCCUAUGUUAAAAAGUCCCCCCAGCAGCAGUGUGGGGAGACGACUAUCAAGAGUCCAAUGGCAGAGUGGCGGAGCAGAAGCAGCUUCAAUUGAAG